CACGGAAACCCAAACAAACAAACCGUUCUCAUCGUAAUCAAAAUCAAUCAGAAGACUAACUCCGACAUUCAUUUUCCAAUUCACUGACGUUCCUUUCAUGGAAGCCGCAAUCUUCUUCCACCACCAGCCCCAGAUCUUUCGAACCUCAAAUUUUCCACAAAAACCCUAAUCCAGGGAGCGAAGGGGGGCUUCAAUUGGCUGCCGAAUUUGUAUCAGGAAGAUUGUAUUGAGACGGCGGCCAAUUGAAGGAGGAAGGAGAGGACAAGAUGUUUGGUGGGGCCUGGAGCAACAUAGCCAAGUCGGCGGAGGCCGUCGUGUCGCAGUGGGCGGCCAGGAGGUUGUUCAAGUUCUUGUUGAAGAAGAAAUUGGGGCAAUUCAUUCUCGGAGAUAUUGACUUGGACCAGCUCGAUGUGCAGCUUUCUAACGGUACCGUCCAGCUCUCCGAUCUCGCCCUCAACGUCGAUUAUUUGAAUAGCAAGUUUGGUACGGCAGCAUCUAUGGUUAUAAAAGAAGGAUCUAUAGGCUCUUUGUUAGUUAAAAUGCCUUGGAAAGGUAAAGGAUGUGAGGUUGAGAUUGAUGAACUUGAACUUGUGCUUGCUCCCUGCAUGGUGAAUAAUUUGUCUGCUUCAGAUGAAAAUUGCAAUUUAAACGAAGAUGAUAAGCACGUUGUGCACAGUGAAAUGGAAAAACUUGAGAAUGAUAUGGCAGACAGUGCUGGGAGAUCAAUGUCGGGUGAUGUUCAUGAAGGUGUGAAGACAAUUGCAAAGAUGGUGAAAUGGUUUCUUACAAGCUUUCAUAUAAAGAUUAAGAAGCUAAUUGUUGCAUUUGAUCCGUAUAUGGGGAGGGCCGGAAGGGAAAUUGAUUCACAUAGGAAUUUGGUUCUUCGAAUAUCAGAAGUAGAAUGUGGAACUCGUAUUUCUGAAGAUGGUGAUCUAAAAAGUGAAGCAAAAGUAGAAAGCUUUCUUGGAAUAAGCCAACUUACCAAUUUUGUAAGAUUUCAAGGAGCGGUACUUGAGCUUCUUCACAUGGAUAAUGUUGAUGAUCAAUCACGCUUCCCCUGCACAUCAGGAACCACAUUUGCUGAACCAUUUUCAGGAUGCCAUCCGUCAAAUGCUACAACUCCAAUCAUGAUGGGGAAAAGAGGUGGAUUUUCAGGGAAUCUAAAGUUAAGCAUACCUUGUAAAAAUGGUUCCUUGGACAUCCGCAAAGUGGAUGCAGAUGUUUAUAUGGAUCCUGUAGAAUUAAGAUUUCAGCCAAGCACAAUUAAAUGGUUCUUGCUUGCAUGGGAAACUUAUAAGGAUUUUAACAAGGGUGGAAGGAAUCACAGGCAGAAUUUAGUUGAUUCUGUGUGCUUGACUUCAAAUUCUCAACUCCAUUCUUCAAUGCCUGCUUCUAAUGUAAUUGCCACUGAUAAGGUUGUCUCGUUUGAUGGUUGCUUUUCUGCUGAAAGCUCAUCUUUGAAUAAGCAGGAAUUGGCAUCUGAAGCUCUUCUACCUGGUGCACAUCUUAUACCAGAUUGGGUGCCAUUUUCAGUUAGCAAAGACCAUAAGGGUUCUACUGGAGAAGUUGAUUUUGGGGCAAGUGUUGACCACUUCUUUGAGUGCUUUGAUGGAAUGAGAAGCUUCCAAACAGCAUUAGGAAGCAGUGGAAUGUGGAAUUGGACAUGUUCUGUCUUCAGUGCAAUAACUGCUGCAUCCAGCCUUGCAUCCGGAUCUUUGAAUUUACCUUCUGAGCAGCAGCAUGUCCAAACUAAUUUGAAAGCUACCUUUGCUGGAAUUUCUAUUAUAUUGUCCUUCCAUGAUGAAGAUCAGAAUCAUACGAAUGAGCAGAAUGGCUAUCGAAUUCAUGGUGGCUCAAAUGUUCAUUACCUGGGUGCAGAAUGCAGUGAUAUUUUUCUUCUUAUGCAGGUAUGUCCUCGAGAAAUGAGAUUGGAUGGAACAAUGAAGCAUAUUGAAGUUGCUGAUUACUUAUGCAAGCAAAAUGAUGUGUGUGGUUGUAGUGACCCUAAUGGCAGUCAAACUCUUUUGAUUAAAAAUCUUCAAGCUGAAGUUCAACGCACUCUCCCUUCAUUUUCCAUCUAUGAAGAAGAUACUGCAUCAGAUGAAUUGUGUGGGCUAUUUACUGCUGAUUUUCCAUCCAGCAAAAAGGGUGAUGUCAUAAAAAAUAUGUUAUUUAGAACUUUUGCUGCAACUCAUUGCCAAUUUGUGAAGUCAAGUUCAUCAGAUGACAACUUUUCAGGGACAACAUUAAUUUCAUUGAAAUUGCCUCCUCUGAUAUUCUGGUUGAACUUCUGCUCAACAAAUUUGUUAUUGGAUCUCUUAAAGGAAGUUGGAGAAUCAACAGAAAUGAAUUACCAAAAGAAUGCACUUUCACAUGAUGUCUGCAAUGAUCAGUGUGAAUCAUCUCAUGGGCAUGUGAAGAGAGCUUCUGGUCCCCAUAUUACAACUCUCUCAUCAAUAAAAACUGUACGGGGUGACAUAUCAAUCCCAAAUGCAAGAAUAAUUCUUUGUUUCCCUUUUAAGAGUGGUGGGGAUGAUGGAGGUUAUUCUUCAUGGAAUCAAUUUAUUGCCCUUGAUAUAUCUUCACCAUCAAAUUCAGAAAGUGCAGUGAUACAAGACACAAGACAGCCAUUGGAUAGAAGUUUGGAGAGACGGGUUUCUUCAAUAGCCAGGCAUUCUUUGCACUUGAAUAUUGGUAAUCUUGAUAUUUACUUGGUUACUCCGUCUCAUCAAGAUGAUUCUAGAUUUGUUUCUUGUGGUAUGCAGCCAUGUAAGUUUUCUGCUGAGGGUAUUUUGUCUGUUAGCAACAGGACGGGAUGUUUUUCUGUAAUUAGUGUGCUUUGGCAGGAAGGUCCUGCAACUGCUGGUUCUGAUAUAGUAUACCUAUGGGACCCUAAGAGCUUACAUGGUUUUACAUCUAUAAGUGUGAGAUGCAGCACAAUUGUUGCAUUGGGUGGUCGGUUGGAUUGGCUGGAAUCAAUAGCUUCGUUUUUCAGCCUGCCUUCUCAGGACCUUGAGCAGGCUGUUGAUGAUGGUUUACAUGAGGGGCAUUUGGAUGUUCCUCAUGGUGCUUCUUUUGUCCUUAGCUUGGUUGAUGCUGCUUUGAGUUAUGAGCCCUACUUUAGUAGUCCAACAGUCUCUGUUGAUGUUCUAGUUUCAGAGGCUGGAUCUUCAAAUCCCAGUGAAGGAAUGGUUGAGCCACAUGUAGCUUGCCUUUUAGCUGCAUCCUCCUUAAAACUUUCAAAUAGAACUGCAGAAUAUUCCAAGGGCAAUGAAUAUAAAAUUAGAGUUCAAGAUCUGGGUCUGCUACUUAGAGCGGUGUCCGAGCAUGAGAAACUGGGUGGCAUGUAUAGUGUGCAGCAUCUUCAAGAGAUCGGCUAUGUUAAAGUUGCCAGUGAGGCACUUAUGGAUGUGGUUUUCAAAACUAACUGUGAAAAUGGCCUUCAGUGGGAGUUGGAAUGUUCUAAAUCUCAAAUUUAUAAGAAUGGCCACAAAGGCAAAAGUGGGAUCUCCUAUGAUUCUGAUUCAUCAACUUCACAAUUAUAUUCAGUUAAUGUGGAUAAUGAGAGCAACUGUGGAGUGGUUGGCUUGAUGGAUGAGAUAUGUGAAGAUGCUUUCAACUUAGAUGGGAAUCAGACUUGCCAAUUUGAGUCAUCUCUGUCACAGUUUCAUGCUCCUCUUGUUGAAAGUUUCAUUAAAGAAGCCUGUAGCUUAAGUUUUGACGGUGCUGAGACUUUCUCAUAUGCAGACUUGGAAAGUAGUGAAACUUCAUUUCUUCAAGAAGAUUAUAUCCCUGAAAUCAUAGAAAGUUACUGUUUAUCUAAGUUACGGCCUCUUUCAGAAUUGUCUGCUGGUGGAAAUUUGUCUCAAGAGGUACUUAAAAGUAGAUCCAUUCAUACGGGAAAUGAAGACUUUGGAAUAAGAAAUUGUGGAUGGUAUAGGGAUGCUCCAUUAAGAAUUGUAGAAAACCAUAUUUCAGAUGCAAGUGAGGAAGCUAGUUUGAACCAAAUGUUGGACGGCAAAUUUUCAUCUAGUGACCAUACAAUGAUUGAUGAUAUAGCAAAGGUUGUUGGAUGUGUACUUCUAAGGAAUAUUAAUGUUAGGUGGAAAAUGUAUGCAGGCUCUGAUUGGCAUGUAUCUUUAAAGAAUGGUGACCACUCCACAGACAUACAUGGAAGUGACAGAACUUUGUUUCUAGAGCUUGUAUUAUCUGGGGUGGAAUUUAAAUAUGGCAUCUUUCCUGCUGGUGGAGAAUCUGUUUCAAAGCUUUCUCUCUCAGUCCUGGAUUUUCACCUUUCUGACAGGAGCAGAGCUGCACCCUGGCAACUAGUGUUGGGUUAUUAUAAUUCAAAAGAUCAUCCUAGAGAAUCAUCUUCAAAAGCAUUCAAGCUGGACUUAGAAGCUGUUAGACCAGAUCCACUAAUACCUCUUGAGGAGUACAGGUUACGCAUUGCUUUCCUUCCCAUGCUGCUACAUUUUCAUCAAAGCCAACUUGAUUUUCUAAGAAGUUUUUUUGGGGAGAAAAGCUUAUCAACUGAACAAUCAUCAGUUUCUCUUCCAGAGCCUAGUUUGACAGUGAGAAGUAAUAAUAUUGCUGGCCAUACCAUUGCAGAAGAAGCAUUGCUUCCUUAUUUCCAGAAGUUUGAAAUAUUGCCUAUCCGGAUUCGAGUUGACUAUAGUCCCCACCAUGUUGAUAUACGGGCACUUAAAGGUGGGAGAUAUGUGGAACUGAUCAACCUUGUCCCCCUGAAGGGAAUUGAGCUUAAACUAAAACAUGUUAAUGCUGUUGGCAUCUAUGGUUGGGGUGGUGUGUGUGAAACAAUUAUAGAAGAGUGGCUGGAGGAUAUUUCUCAAAAUCAGAUUCAUAAAGUUUUGCGAGGCCUUCCUACCAUUCGGUCAUUACUUGCUGUUGGUGCUGGUGCAGCAAAGCUGAUUUCAGAGCCACUUGAGAGCUACAGGAAGGAUCAGAGGGUACUCAAAGGAAUCCAAAGAGGCACAAUUGCUUUUCUUAGAAGUAUAUCAAUUGAGGCUGUUGGGCUUGGUCUGCAUUUGGCAGCGGGGGCUCAUGACAUUUUGCUCCAGGCAGAAUAUUUAUUUACAAGCAGUCCUCCUGUCUCAUGGCAUUUGGAAAGCAAGAUGGAGAGAAAUGUGAGAUAUAAUCAACCUAAAGAUGCUCAACAAGGAAUUCAAAAGGCUUAUGAGAGUAUCAGUGAUGGCCUUGAGAAAUCUGCUACUGCCUUAGUUCGAACACCCUUGAAACAAUACCAGCGAGGGGCCAGUGCCAGAUCUGUAUUGGCAACUGCAGUUCGUGGAGUUCCUACAGCUGCUAUAGCUCCAGCUUCUGCUUUUGCAGGUGCCUUACACACUGCCCUUUUUGGCAUGAGAAAUAGCCUUGAUCCUGAACGCAAGAAAGAAUCGAUGGAGAAGUAUUUGGGUCCAACACAGCCACAGGAUCAAAACUAGCCAGUCUGUUCUGAUGUUAUAUGCCCGUGUUUGCUUUUGCUCUACAACAGAAAUACAUCCAUGGCUACUCAAGUGCACCUGUCAUGGACAUGUCAAGUUGAAUCAAUGAAAGACUGGCCAAGGAAUAUGAGCUUUCCCUAACAGAGGGCCAGGAUCAUUGUGCCUUCAGCACAGCUGGAGCCCCAUAUUUCACGCGUACCAAUAAUCAAGCCAUCGAACUAUUCCUUCCCGUUGGAACAAGAAGAGACAGUGAUUUUGUACAAAAUGUAAAUAUAGAAUAUGAUCUUCUUCAUCCACACACAGAGAUGAGAUCUUGUAAUUAUAGCAACCGGAUUGAGGUUGUGAGUUGUACAGUGUUAUUCUUUUCAAGUAUAUAUGGUUCAUUGUAUAUUCUUCUGCUUGUUGUAGUUUGUACAUAACGCAUUUGGAUACAUGGC